GGCUAAAGCGGCAUCACUGAACACGAUCGUUGGGCAUUUCGUUAGUAGCGCGUUUGCCGGCCGACGAAACAGGUGUACAAGAAAACAAAGCCACCACAAAAUAGUUGGCUGUGAAUGCGGUGAAUGCGUUCAACGGCGGAUCUUCGCUUGCACCUUUGGCGAUAGACGAGAUACGUAUACGGAUACAGAUACAAAUAGAGAAUGGCCUCUAACAACAGCAGCACCACCGAUCUGGACAGCCAGGUCAAUGUGGAGGAUUUGCCCAUUACGUUCAAGGUGAAAUACAUUGGCUCCGAAGUGGCACGUGGCUUGUGGGGCAUUAAGUACACGCGUCGUCCGGUGGACAUAAUGGUGGGCGUGGCCAAGAACCUGCCACCCAACAAGGUGCUGCCCAACUGCGAAUUGAAGGUGUCCACCGACGGUGUCCAGCUAGAGAUCAUUUCGCCCAAGGCCAGCAUCAAUCACUGGAGCUAUCCGAUCGACACGAUAUCGUAUGGCGUACAGGACCUGGUCUACACAAGGGUCUUUGCCAUGAUCGUGGUGAAGGACGAGUCGAGUCCGCAUCCCUUUGAGGUACACGCCUUCGUUUGCGACAGUCGUGCGAUGGCGCGCAAGUUGACCUUUGCCCUGGCCGCCGCCUUUCAGGAUUAUUCGCGACGGGUGAAGGAGGCGGCCGGUGAGGAGGAGGGCGAUGCCACGCCCAGCGACACUAUUACGCCCACGCGGCAAAAGUUCGCUAUUGAUCUGCGAACGCCGGAGGAAAUCCAGGCUGGUGAACUGGAGCAGGAAACGGAGGCGUAGUUAUCCUGGUGAUCCUGCGUUGGCUACGUCAAUGUGUUGUGAUGUGUUAGUUACUUAACGUCCAGUGUUCACUGUAUCUGUAAAUUGUGGUUCUCUCACCUGGUAGUUGCCUCAUACAGCUAAUUACCCAAAGCCUAAGUGUUAAUGCGAUUUGUAAACGAUUUUCUAUAAUAAAUUACGAAUAUUGUA